AUAACUCGACCUUAUGGCAAAAAACAGCUAAUCAAGAACCCAAAAAAAAAAAGAAGCCAUGGCAAUAAUUAGAAUGAAAUCCAAGUAUACAGUCAAACCAGCUGAGCCAACAUGGAAUGGCAUUCUACCCUUAUCAGAACUUGAUCAAAUUUCAGUAAUUACACAUUCAUCCGUCUUAUACUUUUACGAUAAACCAACAAAAGAGGAAUGGCUUAAUCCAUCAAACAACAAAAUCAUGAAAACCCUUAAAGAAUCCUUAAGCCAUGCCUUAGUCCCAUUUUACCCAUUAGCAGGUCGACUGAGUUUCAAAGGUGAAGGACGAUUCGAACUCGAGUGUAAUGCGAUGGGAGCAGAGCUCUUCGAGGUCGAGUCUACCAUGAAACUGGCUGAUUUUGGUGAUUUUUACUCUUGUACAAAAAAGUUGCGCGAACUUCUCGUUCCCAUGAGUUAUUACACGAAACCAAUCCAAGACUUACCUGUGCUCGCAGUGCAGAUAACUCGAUUCAGAUGCGGCGGCCUUAGUCUUGGCAUGUCAAUGUCCCACAUCGUUGCUGAUGGGCGGAGUGCAUUCCAUUUCAUCAAGGAAUGGGGUAGGCUUGCCUUAGGUAAGCCACUAGAAGAAGCACCUUUCCUCGAUCGUCGCAUCUUGCGAGCUGAAGCUCAUCAGAGAACAGUAGUUGAUCAGAGUGAACGGAUGAACUACUUUAGUCAGCUGCGUUUAGGUGAAGAUAAGUGGGGGAAGCAGGUAUCUCCAACCUUUGUUGUAUUGACAAAGGACAUGAUUAUGAGGCUUAAGGAGGUGGCCAAUAGUAUUAGUAACCGGGAAAUUGUGAAGGACCAUCUGCGGCGUCCUUACAGUCGGUUUGAAGUUGUUGCAGCUCAUGUAUGGAGAUGUGUUUGUAAGGCACGCGAGCUCAAGAGCGAGGAUAUGUCAACGUUAAUGGUUGCUGUUGCCGCACAUGACCGAAUGGAGCCACCAUUACCAUCAAGGUAAUAAA